AUGUUACUACCUCAACACUAUUCCCUAUUCCCCAAGACCCCAAGAAUGGUUCUAACAAACAGAGUACAAGUUGCACCACCUGCAAAUGGCAAAAAGUUAUGGCGUGUCAAACGAACUCCAUCUCUCGGCACAUCGACUCUCACUAGUGAUCUGUCUCUCGAAUGCUGGAACAACUCUUUGCGAAUUUCAGCUGCUGGUAGACAGUUGGCCAAGCGGCCACCUACGAAAAGACCAAAGUCUAAGGAUGGAGUGCCCAAGAGUUUUGUGUUUGUCGACUUAUCGCCCGUCCGUAGUUCGGAUGAUGACGAAACUUCACUGCCCAACACAUCAAAUACGUCACCUCUCACAGACUCGGGCUUGUUGUCUCCAUUGUCCUUAGGGAACUUCUCCUUCGGAAGUAUACUGGAUGAUGACAUGUCUCAAACACAAAACACGGACUUCUACAAUGAUUCUUUCUUCCUUGCUGACGACACGAAAGUCCUCGGCUUAGGUUUCUUGAACAUGGACUACAACUAUUCUCAACCACAACCGAUGGCUCCAUAUCCAGAUAUGUUGCUGUCUUUUGAAAGCGCUGACAUAGCCACAAACGAAACCCAGAAUAACAACAUACAUCAAAUGGCAUUUUCAUACCCCGAGCAGGCCUCGGUCGUGCUGAAUCAGCCAUCUUCUGUUGGCCACAAAAGAGCAAAAUCUGUUUCCACCUUUACCGGACGCAAAAACGGAGAUGGAUCAGUGUUCAGAAGUUACAAAGGCCCAAAUGCAGUCAGAAAACACUCCAGAAGGAGCCAGAGAUCUGUGCUGGAAUCAAACAUCGUCUUUAAUGCUUCUUCUUUGCUAGACACUUCUUCGGCCCAAGUUUCGCCCGUGACCCCAUCGGCAGACAAACUUUUACAAGACUUUAUGCAUAUCCCAGAGGAACAAAAGAUGCUGGCAUCGGACGGAGAGAUUUUGAAUCCGGAGGUUAUGUCUUUUGGAGAUAACGAAUCCUUUUUGAAUUCGCUUGAUUUCGGGUUCUCUAUGGGAUCAGACUUCCUGAAAGAAAACCAAGGUUUCCUCUGUUUCCCAACUCUUUGA